AUGGUUUGGACCUGGUUGCCCAGGCGAUCGCUUCAGGUUGCAGUCGUGACACCCGUCCUCUUGGCCCAGCUGCAGUCGGCGCAGAGAAUUCCGGAAUGCCAGGGGACCAUGCUCAGCUGCUUGCAGGAGGGUGAGACGAUGGACGACCCCUGCUCGAAGUCUGAUACCUGCCUGAAGACGUACCACACCUGCCCACAACGAGGUGUUUUCCGACAGUGUGCGCGAGCCGAUGGCGGCUGCGCCGCCGGAGAGCGUUGUAACAUCCGCUGUUGGGGCAAGAAGGCCGGCACGUACGCCAGCUGCUCCCAGGUUCCCGACAACCUGUGCCAAGAUUCCUACGUCGUGGACGAUUCGGGGAAUGGGAUGCAUU